AUGGAGGGAAGGGAAUCGAAUCGACUCGAAUCGGUUCGAAUCGACUCGAAUCGGUUCGAAUCGGUUCGAAUCGACUCGAAUCGGUUCGAAUCGGUUCGAAUCGACUCGAAUCGGUUCGAAUCGACUCGAAUCGGAUCGAAUCAAGCGGGUAGCUAACAAGAGUCAAGCGGGUAGCUAACAAAAAUUUUUUAAAAAAGUUACAGAUUUGGACAAAUCCAAAAAUGUAAAAAAGCUUAGUAAGCCACCCAGAAGCAACUUUAAAGCUAAAAAAAUUGAAAGAAAAUUUUUAACACUGUUAAAAAGAGCUUAGGCUUAGUAACCACCCAGAAGUAACUGUGAAGGCGAAAACCCCAAUUUUUCAUUCCAGAUUUUUAUUAAAAAUUUAAAAAAAAAAAUGGAGGGAAGGGAAUCGAAUCGACUCGAAUCGGUUCGAAUCGACUCGAAUCGGUUCGAAUCGGUUCGAAUCGACUCGAAUCGGUUCGAAUCGGUUCGAAUCGACUCGAAUCGGUUCGAAUCAAGCGGGUAGCUAACAAGAGUCAAGCGGGUAGCUAA